UUUUGCCGCCGCCGCCGCCGCCGCCGCCGCCGGCCAUUGCAGGGACCACCCGGGAGCCGCUGCAGGCACCCACUUACAAGCUCCCCUGAGCGGCCAGUGGCAGUGUGGGGCAUGGCAGCAGUGUGGCAGCAGGUGUUGGCUGUAGAUGCUCGGUACAACGCAUACCGCACUCCCAACUUCCCACAGUUCCGCACACAGUACAUCCGCCGGCGCAGCCAGCUGCUGCGAGACAACGCCAAAGCCGGCUACGACCCUUCACUUCGUAAGCAGUACUUGCGGGUGCGCAGCCAGCUUCUGGCCCAGCGCUACGGCCCCCUCUCGGAACAGAGCAGCUUCCGCGCCUACAGCAACAGCAUUGUCCGAAGCAGUCGUACCACACUUGACCGCAUGGAGGAUUUUGAUGACGAUCCAAGAUCACUGGGUGCCCGUGGCCAUCGCCGUUCUGUCAGCCGAGGGUCCUACCAGCUGCAGGCUCAAAUGAAUCGAGCUGUUUAUGAUGAGAGACCCCCAGGCAGUGUUGUCCCCACUUCAGUGGCAGAAGCCAGUCGUGCCAUGGCCGGGGAUACUACACUAAGUGAGAACUAUGCCUUUGCUGGAAUGUACCAUAUCUUUGACCAGCAUGUGGAUGAGGCUGUGCCUAAGGUUCAGUUUGCUAAUGAUGACAAGCACCUACUAGCCUGCUGUUCACUUGAUGGAACCAUCUCUGUGUGCCAGUUAGUGCCCACUCCCCCUGUGGUGCUGCGGGUGCUGAAGGGACACAGCCGUGGGGUGUCUGACUUUGCAUGGUCCCUCUCCAAUGACAUUAUUGUUUCUACUUCGCUUGAUGCCACAAUGCGCAUUUGGGCAACGGAAGAUGGCAAAUGCAUCCGGGAGAUUGCAGAUCCAGAUGCUUCUGAACUGCUCUGCUGCACUUUCCAGCCAAUGAACAACAAUCUUACAGUGGUGGGGAAUGGAAAGCACAACCUACAUGUGGUGAACAUCUCAACAGGGAAGAAAGUGAAAGGUGGUUCAAGCAAGCUAACUGGCCGCGUACUCUCUCUCUCCUUUGAUUCCCCGGGCCGUAUCCUCUGGGCAGGAGAUGACAAAGGCAGCGUAUUUUCUUUCCUCUUUGAUAUGGCAACAGGAAAACUGACCAAGGCCAAGAGGCUGGUAGUUAAUGAAGGCAGCUCCAUCACAAGUAUCUCAGCCCGCUCCUGGAUCAGUAGAGAAGCACGGGACCCCUCCCUUCUCAUCAAUGCAUGCAUCAACAAACUUCUGCUAUAUAGGGUAGUGGACAAUGAAGGAACACUCCAGCUUAAGAGAAGUUUCCAGAUACAACAGAGCUCGCAUCCUGUUCGCAGCAUCUUUUGUCCCCUCAUGUCCUUCCGCCAGGGAGCUUGUGUUGUGACCGGCAGUGAGGAUAUGUGUGUCUACUUCUUUGACGUGGAGCGUGCCACCAAGGCUAUUGUUAACAAACUGCAGGGUCACAGUGCUGCUGUGCUGGAUGUCAGCUUUAAUUGUGAUGAGAGCCUGUUGGCAUCCAGUGAUGCCAAAGGCAUGGUUAUUGUCUGGAAGAGAGAACAGAAGUAGCAUUCCUUCCCUUGGCAAAUUGAGGAAAAAAUAUUUCAUAAGAUGGUUGCAACAGACCGAUGAAAGUCACAACCUUAAAAGAAGACUAAAGGGACAAUUUUUACUCCCCUGGUUGGACCUGUACAUCUUCUGCAGCUAGGAAAGUUCUGAGCAUACCUCUAGCAGUGCACCAGCGCCCAGUGCUCCCCUGCUUUUCAGUUAGCAGGGUUGCUAUAUAGGGUCCUGGUUAUAUUGUGAAAAGUUGUUUUCUUUUGUUGUGGCAUAUGGUGUUGUUUUCAGAAUGUCUCUUGUUGGUAACAGCUGCCAGCAAUGUCUGUCGAUAGGAAAGAUAGUAAACAAUUCUACAAGG